AUGAUGUCCUACCUCCAGCCUUCUGGCCGGGACCUGGAGCAUUUCGAUGGGCUUUCUCUCAUUUACUGGACGCUCAUGGGACCAUACGGGAUGGAUCGAACCGUGCACUGCUUUGAUUUCUACGACUGUGCAAAUGGGCUGGGUAUUAAAGUAAUCGGUGGCAUCAAGGAACUCACCGGAGAAGAAUAUGGAGUUUAUGUCAAGAGGAUCCUUCCAGGGGGUGUUGCUUAUGUGGAUGGGCGCCUGCAGCCAGGAGACCAGAUCCUGGAGGUCAAUGGAGAUUCCUUAAUUGGGGUUACAAGCGAGAGGGCUGUGGACAUCCUGAGGACGGCGUCGGCCACCAGCCACAUGCGCCUUCUGAUAGCCCGCGAUGACAACGCCAGGAGAGAGUUCUCUGAGCUGCUGGAGAAGUUUGGCUCCCAGAGCAAUACGGGCUCAGCACGGAGCUCACCGGUCCUGCACGGCGGCAAUCGAUACCUUGAAAGUACAUCCUCGGGCUCCUCCUCACGCUCUCAGAGCCCACUGCUGCUGAGCCCUGCCAAUUCCCACAGCCCCUUCAUCGGGAACCUGGCGCAUCCCCCUCACGCACACUACUCCAUUGAAUCAGGAAUCCAGACCAUUUCUAUAGCAAAAUCUUCCGGCUUAGGGCUGACAAUCAGUGGUGGAUCUAACAGGCCUGAUGGCCCCAUGAUUUAUGUUCAAGAGCUUAUGCCCGACGGUGACUGUUACAAGGAUGGUCGGCUCCGACCUGGUGACCAACUAAUCGCUAUCAAUAAAGAUUCUUUGGUGGGCAGCACACACGAAGAGGCCAGAAAAAUAAUUGCAAAAGCCAAAUUGAGGCAUGAGGGAAACACAGAAGUGGCCUUUAUUCCUGGAAAGGGACGGUUACAUCCUGGACUGUCAGCUCAUAACAACACCCCAUCACCACCUCCAAAGGCAGUGGGAAACGGUCUGAGUUCCUGCAGACUGAAGGUCCAUGUGAGGUCCCCAGAGAAUAGACAUGAAAAUAAUUUUCCUGUGCCUUCUUUGUCACCGGACAUUUGCCCACCAGAGCUUACUGUCUCAGCACCCGCUGCGGCAUCUAAUCAUAAAGCAGCUUCAGGCACCAAACCAAAAGUAGCACUGGAUCCCCACAUCCGGCUCAAGGAUGGGAAACUGGAACUGGUUCUGCAGUAUCUUGGUCUGGAUGUGACCGAGGAGAAGAAGAGGCGGUUACGGCAAAGCUUGACCACAGACUCGCAGGGGACGGUGGCCUACGGAGAUCUUCUCCAAGCACUCAGGGAUCUGAUGCAGGACGAGCUGGGUGAGGCUGGUCUGGAUUCCAACUCCAUGCUCUUCACACAGCACGAAGUGGCCAGUUUGCUGGAUACGUCGGCUUUUCACUCUCCGACCUUCGACUCUCUCAGCUGUAAUGGCAAUGAGGAGCUGGAGCAGCUGCAGCUGGAAAUGAUGGAUCUGCGGCAAGAAGUCCGAAGGCUAAAGUCUCUCCUGAAAGAGAUGGAAAAUAGCAAGAAGUCAAUGGAAGAUGAGCUUCAGAGACUGAACCAGAAAGCCCUGGGCUUCCUCUCCGAGAACCGGAUGCUGCACAGCAAGCUGCAGAUGGCAGAGGUCGUGCAGAGACAGGCUCACAGCGCGGAGCAGGACUACGAGGAAGUGAUCCACUUGCUGGAAGCUGAAAUUGCAGAACUGAAGAUGCAGUUGGCAGGGAAGAAAGCAAAACACGUCUCUGAAAUAGAGGAGGACAUCCUGGAACUGAAAAGACAGUUGUCCCUGGCUGACGGCCAGUUACGAAAAUCAGAAGUCUCACGGAAGCGCCUGGAGAUCUGCAAUAGGAAACUGCUCCUGUUUGUGCAGAACGUCCACAAGGUCCUGAGCACACCCAGUCAUUUACCAGAUGAGAAAAGAGUCAACAGUGAAACAGAAGAGGAUAAAACAGACGCAGUCUCAGAUACAUCUCUUCCAUCUUCAGAUCUUGUUGACCUUUUGCUAUCAGAAGCUAAAGAACUGUUAGCACCAAUCCUCUCCAACAAGGACGCUUUGCCAUGUGACAGGGACCAGUGCCUGCCUGCUGAAGGAAUCCCAAAUUACAAGGACCAUCUUCUUCAGAAGACCACGUGGCCCCCUCCUGCAAGCCAGACCAAGAGCGAUCAACCGCAGCCACCGAGUCCAACCAACGAACUGCCUAAGAAGCCUACAUAA